AUGGAAAGAGCCUAUUGCCUUAACAUACUCAAAUGGAUGAAAUCAGGAGCGAAAUCUGAAAAUGAUUUCAUGAAAAAGUAUACUGUUAAGGCUCCUGAGAAAGGUGAAGAGGAUUCAGAGAAAAAAGAAUAUAUAGACAGUCCAAUUAAGAUUAAAAUUUGUGCAGAAGAUGAUUUUACUUCUAGCUUCCUUAAACUGUCAG